CUACAAAAUAGCAUUAACAAUUCUUUAGGGAGGAGGCAGAAUUAUUUAGCUUUGCUAUUAUUGUCUUCUUGGACAUUCUACCGUAUCAAAAUGCAUUUUCGUGUGUGUUGAUUUGUGAGAGAAUUUGCGAGAAUUUUCGAGACUCAUCGGGAAGGUUCUGGCAUUUGCCCAGGCAGUUUAAAUACGUCGCUCGUGAGAGAGUCAGGUAUCAGUUGAAUACUAGCAGAGCUAGAGUGAAGAUUGAAGAAGUGAUAAAAGAAAAAGCGAAAGUGAAUCAGUGCAAAAUGUCUCUAUUGCCAAUUCUGUGGAAUCUUGCUGAGGAUUUUGACCAGAUGGAUCCGUGCUUUGGGGUCAGUUUCAAUCCGUACGAAUUGAGGCUUGCUCAUCGUUUGCCCCAUUUGAUGAGGAUGCCUUCUGGGUACCACAGGCAGUGGAAAUUGGAUGAGCGGGAGAGGGAGAAGGUGGCCAGUGGUCAGAAGACCGUUUCGACGGGAAAGGAUGGCUUCCAGGUUUGCCUGGAUGUUCAGCAAUUUGCCCCCAAUGAGAUCUCCGUGAAGACUGUGGAAAAUUCAAUUGUGAUUGAGGGCAAGCACGAGGAGAGGGAGGAUCAGCAUGGAUUUAUUUCUCGCCAAUUUGUCCGGCGAUAUGUCCUGCCCAAGGAGUAUGAUAUUGAACAGGCUGUUUCCACGCUUUCUUCCGAUGGAGUACUUACCAUUCGAGCACCUCCGGUUGCCAAAGCCCUGGAACAAAAGGAACGCAUCAUCCAAAUUCAACAAACCGGUCCUGCUCACCUUUCCGUCAAGGACGAUACGAACAAGGAAGCCAAGAAAGCCGAAUAAGAAGAAUUACCCAAAAACGUUUUUUUUCAUUCCCCGAUAAACUUCAUUCAGUCUCUUUUAUGAAUUUAGCUUAAUCGGUUUAGAAAUUAAGAUCCUUUCCUGAUGAAAAAUGAAUUACCAAAAAAACUACCAAUCAUGUAUUCUUAAGAAGUAAAAAUAAAAAGUCUGCUAAGUAUAAAGAAAAUUUCUAUAAUCUUUUUAUUUUUCUACCUUCAAAUCUCUACAAUAAAUUGCGAAGCAACAUAAAUAUUUUCUCGUGUUUUCUCUCAUUUUCAAAAAUGCAAUAAAACAGUUAAAUCAAUAAGGAAAAAAAUGGCAUUGAAAUAUCCUGAAGACAAGUUAUGAGAUUACCUUUUUUUCAAAAUUAAAAAAAAUCAGUACAAUAUUUUUUUUUUGACACAAGUUUUAAAAACUUUCUGAAGAAGGACUAAUUUCUUCUGUUUUCAAUUCUAGAUUUCUAAGAAAUUCUCAAUUGUUUUUUUUAUUAUUAAACUUGUCUUUUUGAUUUUCAUCUACAAAAUAGUGUUUUUUUUUCUUUCUUAUUAAUUUCUAAUUAAGUAUUUCAACUACAUACUAAGAAAGAUACAACAUAUAACUUAAGAACCAUUUUUAAGGACUUUUCUUACGUAGUUUUUGUUUUUUCUUUAAUUUCUUUUUAAGUAUGAUUAGAGAUUUUUAUAUUUUGAAAAUGGUAUUUUUAUGGAUAAUUUAAUUUAUUUCUUGCUUUUGUAUCAUCACAAGAAUUGGGUUUUUUUUGUUAUUAUCAUGGUAAUUUUCAAUUUUAUUUUGUAGUGCAAUUCUCAGGAGAUUUUUAGAGAUUUUCAGUUGAUAUUAAAAAUUUGAAAAUUAAGAAAAACAAGUUAGGCCGUUGUAUUUUAUUAUCGUGGAAAUUAGGCUGCAAUUCUGCCGAAUUUUUAUUAAUAAAGUCCAGAACAAAGGACCUUUUU